AUGGCGUUUUAUGACACCGUUCGGAAUCCAAGAGACUUCUCUAGAAAAGCCUCUGAUGAGAGUGCCAAAAGUUUCCAAAACCUUCUAGGCUCGGGACAAUGGAAGACAGCGGGAAGCAGCUGGGGCGUCGAGCAUCUUUUUGCAUGCCGAGUAAUCUGCAGCAAACCAACCUCGAUUUUACCAGUUAUAAAAGCUACAGUUGAUGCAUUAAGGAUGCAAAGAAACGAAUGGGACCCAGUCAUCAAAAAAAUAAUCCAAGGACCUAACGAAGGCAAGUCAACUCUGGGCAGCAUGUUGGGGGAAGAGGUACUCCAACUUUACAACAAUGAUACUCUUGGACAUAUCUGGACUGCUUUGUCCCCGUUGGUGAAGCCCGAACCUGUACCGAUGUCAGAUAGACAGCUGCGAGAACGAAACCCUUCUCAAUCCGCCGAGUCGCAAGGUUCACCGGAAUCAUUGCAAAUAUCGACUCCAUCAGCGACAGAGUCGAACGCCUCAAGCAUUGGGUACUACGAGGCUGAAUGGGCGCCACGUCUCAAAGCAUUGACUGUAGAAUUCGUCAGUCUUUUUAUCCGACACGUUCUCGCAUUUUGUCAACCCCGAGACAAAGUGUCAAAGAUUACGUAUCGACACGGACAAAUGGAGCACAAGAGUGAUGCAUUACGACUGUUUGCCAUUGAUGACGCCGGCCUCCAAGUUUCAAACCAAGAUGGACGGGUAUUUCAAGUAGCACUACUGGAGGCCGAGAGGACAUUCCAGACGAUUCGAAAUGGACGACCAACCAUUUCUGACGGGCUCCUUGGUCAGUUAGCUGGAGAGGCAUUGGGAACAAUAGCAUCGGGAUCUUCAAUUUUUCGGAACAAGGUAUUCAUCAUAUUAGCCAUCAAACACUUUGUCAAAUUUUUAGAAUUUUCCGUUUCGGAACAAUUCAUGUCGCAGUUUAAGACCAGGAACCCAGCAGACCGCGAAAAUUGGGAUACUUAUCUCCUGGUAGAUUCGACGGAAUGGUUUGACGCAACCAGCAUUCAAGGUCGCGGGUACAUCGUUAGCCAUGUGAUGGUCUUGGUAGAAUGCGCUGAUGAUGUUGUUUCGCGUUGA